UAUUGUGCGAUUUUGUGACCUUUGAUCGAGUUUAUUGUUGAAUUCGAGUGCCUCUUCGCGAAAAUAGUGCCGUAAAGCGACGAUGGAAGACGAAAUCAGCUGUGACGACCCGCAGUUCAUGAAUAUGUUGGAAACUUGUCUACGCGUGGAAAUCGAGGGAGCCAAGAGCACGUUGUCUGUGCUCGAAAAGGAGAUAAAGGAACUUAAAGGUAAAGUGCAGUUGCAGUUGCAAACAAGAAGACAGUUGAAAGAGGGAACGAAAAAUGCACAGGAAAAUAUCCAGAUUUUGAAUGCUGUUCUCAACAAGGAGAACAAGUGCUUGAAUGAAAUUUCCAAUAACAUCGAAUUAGUGAAGCUAAAUUUGGACAACGACUACAAAGUUAUGAAGCAACAGGAAUGUGAACUUUAUGAAAAUAUUUACAAGGAAUACGAAACUUUGUGGCAAUCAUAUCACGCAAAAUACGAAGAAUUUCCAUUGGCCAGGGACAGAAAGGAAGCAAAAAUAAAAUUGGAAAAGAUUCGAGUGGAUGAAAUGAUACUGGAAUACAAGGUUAACGACAUGGAGAGGAUAUCGAGGCAGCAGGAGUGGAUCACGUGGCUCAGAAUGCGCGCGAAGAUCAUCGAGCUUGCGCGUGCGAUUUUAAACUACAUGAAACAAGAGGAGAAGCUGAAGGAUUUAAAUAGGAAUAUCGAGGAUCGCAAGCAAGAGUUGAACGUGGUCGAAACGGAGCUAGCUACGCGGCUGAAGAGGCAGGAAGAGGAGAAGCGGGAUCGAGCGUUGAAGCUGCUGGAAAUGCCACCGCCAAAGAUUAAUUUCUCCCACAUGCGCACAAUUUACGGGCAUAAACCGAAGAUCGGCUUUCUAGAUGGCUGGGAAAGAAAUUAUGAGAAUUCCAUAGACACACUAUCGGUGGACACCCUGAUGUUGGAAGAAAUGUGCAUAGCUGGAGAAAAUUCCCUACCUCCGCCAGAAGAUACUUCAACUCGAGCCGAAAAAGACCAGAAUCUUCCUUAUGACCAGCCAAUCGAUUCAAGGAGUCCUUCACUGGACCAGGAGCAGCAGGAAGUGGAGCACGAGGACACAGCCAGCGAGGCGGAUGGAAACACGGCCUUAGAGCCGAUCGAUGCGGUCGACGAGGAAGUGGAACAACGAAUGGACCAGGAACUGGAGCACUUGGACCAGCCACCCAGCCUUUCGAAAGAUAAGCAAACAGGCCAACGCUGCGUGGAUCUUGCGAAGGUUGUGGAUGAUCCACCGGUGAAGAGAAUGAGAUUGAUCUGUGAUAAAGAGAAGCCUGUAGCAUCACCAAUGAAGAAUAUUCCACUAGAGAGGGAAAAGGCUCAUUUCGUAGAUCCGCCUGCUUAUCCAAGAAUCUCAAAGAUUGAGACAGUACGCUAUAGCGUGUCUCCAUUUAAAAAGGCGAAGAAAAUUGAUCGGAAAGACCGCCAGUUGGUGAACCAGACUUCUGAAUUCAGGAUGAGGAAGAUGUCUUCGGCGAGAAAGAUCGAUCAGGACAAUCCAAAUCCCUCCAGUAUGUUUACUCCAUGUCACUAUGAUUAUUCCGAUGACAGUGACAUGAGUUUCUGUGUGGAUAACACAAUGGCCGAUUUGAAAGAUGAUCAAAUAUCGCUUUACGGAGGAUCUGUUCGAGAUUUCUGCGAGUGCUCCAAUGUAUCCACGCCCAACGAGAACGCAGCUCAGGAGAUCAAUGUAAACGCUUCAUCGACCAGCAAGACACACAGUUUUCCACAGAGCCGAGCCUGUUCUUCUUUCCGGAUCAGAGGCCCGCUUCCGUGACUACGUGACUGGAAUUCGCAGCCGCCAUUGGCACGCUGCUCUUCCGCAGUUGUUGGAACCGGAAGUCCUCCAGCUUGGAUCACAUACGACCCCCACUCC